AAAUCAUAAUAAUUUAUUUAAAACAUAAAAAAACUGAAAUGAGUGUGGCCAACCCAAGAAAACGACUUCUUCAAGAUUCAAACAUCGAUAACAAUGGAAGUAUUCUACAAGAGUCUUCCUCCAAAAACAAUGCUAUUUCUUCUUCAUAUAGCUCUUCCAAGAGAUUAAAAAUGCAGAAACUGUUGUCGAAAAAGAUUGUUGAACUAGAGGACUCGCAACUGGAACAUUCAUCUGAUAAAAACAGUGUUAACCAGAGCAGAUUGGAACCUGAAAAAUUACGACCUGAUUAUAAAGACACUGGAGCGACGAAGUUGCCAAAAACAAGUUUGCUAAGCAAGUUAAAAACAAAAUCCAAAGUAACAAAAGCUGCCAAAACCUUUAGCUUUAAACAUGGUAAAAGUGCUCGAUUAAAAAGACAUUCCAUGUUCUGUUCGGUGGAGAGGAAGCCAGUGUUGAACCAAACACAAAUCAUGAAAUUUGUUGAUGUGUCUGCUGAUCGCAAUGAAGGAAACCUGUAUGAUGAAGUUCUGAUGGAAAUUCCUGAACCAGUUAAAGAGACCACAAAGCAAUCUACAUUACCUUCUGUUGCAUCCAUUGCAACAACUUCCUCAGCGACAAGUGUAUUGCCUGUUGAAUCGGUUACAAAACAACAAAUAAAGAAAUCCACGUCCUUCGAUUUAAACAAGAAAGCAACUCCUUCUCUUAAUUUCUUAACCCCUGCAUCUCAAAACAAAGUUACCACCAUUCCAUCCAUCUCCACAACAUCUAACUUUCUACAGGCAACAUCAUCAGCUGCUACUUCAUUAUCAUUGCCCAAGCAACUUUUAUCAACAAACCAGUCAUCUACAACCAACACAACCUCCUCAUCUGUGCUUUCUACACUUCUUUCAAACCCUAUUUCUCAAUCAAAACCAACCCCCAGCUCACUGUCCAAACCAUUCCAACUAACUACUCCAGCUGCAACUGUCACUUCUUUACCAACUGUUAAGUUUGGACAACAAAGCAAUAAUCUUUUAAGCACACACAAUUCAACUCCUGUUCAAUUUGGAGUCGUGACCACUUCCGCCCCAGCCCCCACUGCUGUAGCUUCAAACACUUUUCAGUUUGGAUCCAGCAAAGCAACAAGUUCAGCUACACCUAUGUUUGGCACACCACAAGCCAAACCCACCAUCUCGGCUCCAACCCAAAUGUUUCAGCUAAAAACUUCCGUCCAGUCUAGUAACAUAUCAUCGACAACAAAACCUUCAAAUUUUGCUUUUGGUAACUCAGCACCAGCAGCAACAACAACAACAUCUGGUUUCCAAUUCAACAAACCAACCACAGCAAGCACCAACAAUGCAUUUCAAUUUGGUCAAACAAAUUCUGCUCAAACCUCCAGCAUAGCUCCUCAAAGCUUUGGUUCAACAGCACCUAGCACAAAACCUUCCAUAUUUUCCUUCCAACAAAGUGCCCCUGACACCACCACUUCUGCUCCUUCCAUCUUUUCAUUUGGUCCCAGUAGCACGACUACAACCAAGCCGGCCACUCAAACCAGCAACUCUGGUAUAUUUUCUUUCGGCCAAACGCCUGUAGCAUCAUCAUCCGGGAAUCAGUUUGGAAAGUCCAGCCAACCGAGUGCAAAUCCUUUUAAAUUUGGGCAGCAGACCUCCAGCAGCACAGCACCAAGUAUGUUUGGACAACCUCAAGCUUCAUCAGGCAACGCAACAAGUGUAUUUGGUCAGCCGACCCCGUCAUUCCCAACAGCAAAACCAUCCCUUCCAUUUGGUCAGACAGCACAAAACACCCAAGCCCAGAAACCAGCUCCAACAGCUUCCCCUUUUGUUUUUGGCUCAAGCACCUCUAGUAUUCCUGCCCCGAACUUUGGAACUCCUCAAAACAAGCCAUCGCCAUUUGCAUUCGGAAGCAAUACGCCUCAAAGUAAUCCUGGCUUUAACUUUGGUCAAUCAACUCCUACUCAGCCUGCACCACCAGUAUUUGGGAGUGGAGUUUUUAACCAAACCACUGCACCAAGUCAACACAGCACCCCCACUCUGCAAACACAAUUCAACUUUAAUCCCGGAAACAAUAUGUUCAGCACUCCUCCUCAAUCUGGAAUGGCGUCCACUCCUGCGAGGAACAGACAACUAAAAGCAAGGAGGAGAAUGAAGAAAUAAUAUUUUCGUGUUCAAUUUUUAUGCAGUUGCCUUGAAAAUGCACAAUCAAGUUUCAUGUUUACUUAAUGCAAUAGAAUAUGAUGAUCAUUUUGUUAUGCAGUUUGCAUUUGUACCUUUAUGAUUUGAAUAUGGUUUUAAAAUUCCAGGUUUUGUAAAGUAUGUAUGCGUCAAUACAUAGCUUUACAAACUACACUUUCCCAGUUAACAUUCGUUAAAAAAUCUACACAUUCUAUAUUCAAAUGUUGAAUGUAUUUAUAUAAAUGUGCCAUCAUACAACUUUCCAAUCUUAAAAUGGAUAACAACUCAGACAUUUUGUAUUAGCUUGCCAAAAGUUUCUUACCAUUCGUUGGCCUUACUUUUGUAUUGUAUCAUAAAACCAAUAUGGUUAUUUGUGGUAGUUCCCUCAGUUAUUGAUAUCCUGUUACAG